AUGAAGUGGUUGACUGUACUACUGCUCACCUACUUGACAGCAGUCUCGUUUGGCUGCAAGCUAGCAGACCGCGAAUCCGAUGACCAAGACCUAGGUCGAUACAGCGAGAGAAGAAUCGUCGGUGGCCAGUCAACUAUGUCAAGAGAGGGCAUGAAUGAUAGCAUGUUCCAGGAAGCCCUUGCCGAGGUCUUGAAAAAGCUAGAUGACGCAAAUGAGUGCCACAAUUUCCAACUUGUCUACGUUAAGGAAGCCAAACAGCAGGUUGUCGCAGGCAUGAAAUACGUCAUGACACUGGUGGUGAAACCCAUCUACUCUGGAGAUAGUUCUGAGAAUUGCAGAGGGCCCUGCUUCACAGACGUUGAUGGAAAUAAAGAGGUAACUGCUGAAGCUUUGGUACAAGUGUGGAAAGAGCCAAAGCACUACAUUUCAUUCAAGAACCCCAGGGAUGCUUAUACAGACUUUAACGAAGACGGAGAAAUACUCAUUAACUGCAGCGGGGAUCCGGAUCUGCUGACUAGCCAACCGUCGGACAUGUCACCUGAAGAACUUAAGACACUUCAAUUUCAGGCAGCAGUGCAACAGAGCAUCGACAAGUUGAACGAUGAGGCCAAGUGCUUUUAUUAUGUCCUCGACCGCAUC